AUGAAUCAUACUGAUAACGAUCAAGAAUAUUUUAAAUCAUACGAUAAUUUUCAAGUUCAUGAAUUAAUGUUACGUGAUCGUCCACGUGUUACUGCAUAUUAUGAUGCUAUUAUGAACAAUAAACAUCUAUUUGAAAAUAAGGUUGUUCUUGAUGUUGGCUCUGGGACAGGAAUAUUAAGUAUGUUUGCCGCUAAAGCUGGUGCUAAACUUGUUUAUGCUGUUGAUGCUUGUCCAACAGUCUGUCAUUUAGCUGAAGAACUAAUUAAAUCGAAUCGUUUACAAGAAAAAAUUCAUGUAAUUAAUAAACGUAUUGAAGAUAUUGAAAAAUUUGAUGAAACUAUUGAUAUUAUCAUAAGUGAAUGGAUGGGUUUUUAUCUCUUUCAUGAAAGUAUGCUUGAAUCAGUUAUAUACGCUCGUAAUCAUUUUCUUUCAUUACCAUCUCAAAAUGAUGAUAUAACACCUGAUCAAAAUGAAUCAAUUAUAAUAUUUCCUUCACAUGCUUAUUUGUAUUGUGCUCCAUUUGUUGAUCAAAAUAUUCGUAUUGAAUUAAAUACAAUGUGGAAAGAUUAUUUUGAUUUAAAUAUGUCACCUAUACUUUCACACAUAAAAAAUUCUAAACUUAAAGAAUGUGUUAUUGAAACAAUUGAACCAUCUCAACUUGUUCAUGAUGCUCAACUUAUACAAUCAAUUGAUCUUCGUACUAUACAAAUCGAUGAUCUUCGUUUAUUACGUUCAUUUUGUGAAUUUGAUAUAGAUAAUACAUGUAUUAUAUCAGGUUUUUGUUUUUGGUUUGAUUGUUAUUUUUCUUCAAAUAAUAAUUCAUCGAUAUUACGUUCAACACGUUUAACAACAAGUCCCUAUUCAACAAAAACACAUUGGAAACAGACACUUGUUUUUUUACCUGAAGAUAUUUAUCCAUUAAAAGGUGAUGUUGUACCAGUUAAUAUUAAAUUAAAACAAUCAAUUGAAAAUCGACGACAAUAUCAAAUAUCGAUAUCAUUAAAAAAAAUUAAAGGAGGAGUAAUGAAUAAUAUUGGUUGCGAUGAUGAUAAUUCAAAUACUGAAUGGAAUAUACGAAGAAGACAAAGACGACGUUCAUCAACUAUUUCAUCUGAUAAACGAACUACAACUGAUAAUAAAUCCAAGGAUACAUCAAGUGAUAGUACAAGUAGUAAUAGUGAUGAUGAUGUUGAUUCAAAUGAACAUUCUAUACCAUGUUCAUGUGAUCGUGAUAGAUGUAAAUUAAUUAAAACUAUUAUUGAAAAAUAUACUGAAGAAACUAUUGUUGAAUAA